UUUUAUCCGCCAUAUUAUAGAUUUGACUGCUGUCGAAGUGGAUGCCAGGUGAUUUGACCGAGUGGUAAGCAAGCAACAGUUAGACGACAUGGGGGACGGAGCAAAGUAUCAGCCACGGCUCUGUACGCUGUCUAAAUGGGCCCAUUUUAACGGCUAUGGCUUUAACCUGCAUGCGGAGCGAGGGAAGGCCGGUCAGUACAUCGGUAAGGUGGACGCAGGCUCCCCGGCCGAGGCGGCGGGCCUCAAGCAGGGGGACAGGAUCGUCGAAGUGGACGGGAUGAAUAUUGGCAAUGAGAAUCACCAACAAGUUGUCAGUAGGAUCAAAGCAGGUGGUAACAAGACCUCCUUACUUGUGGUGGACAGUGAAACGGAUAAGUAUUUUAAAGAUCAACGCGUUGUUGUGAGGAGUGAUAUGCCAGAGGUUCUGAAGUUGUCAAGCGAGCAGCCACGCCCCGCGGGAUCAGACACAAAUGAAGAAACCGGGGAAAAUGGCGAGCUGAAUGGAGUUACAAGUGCAGAUAUAGAGACAAACGGCCAGGUUGACUUGGAUUCAGAUAAUGAGGAAAUAAGCGCUGUCAAUACAAGUCAAGUAGAAGCUGCUCCUGAGCGAGAAGAGCCUGAGUCUGCAAUAGCUGAGUUCACAAUCCCUCCUCCUCCUACAGACGAUCCUGAACCAGAGCACAACAGAGAACCUUCUCCAGAACCUGCACGAGAACCUUCUCCGGAACCAGCCAGAGAACCUUCUCCAGAACCUGCCCGAGAACCUUCUCCGGAACCCAUCAGAGAGCCCUCCCCAGAGCCUGUGAGAGAUCCAACUCCAGAACCUGUCAGAGCACCAACACCAGAGCCUGUUAGAGAACCUACCCCGGAACCUGUUAGGGAACCUACCCCGGAACCUGUUAGGGAACCUACCCCGGAACCUGUAAGAGCUCCUACCCCAGAGCCAGUGCAGCCUCCAAAACCAGAACCCCAGACAAAUGGUGCCCAAGCCAAUGGAGACCCGUUAAUGCGAAUGUCUGCCAAAGAAAUGAGAGAACAGCUGGCAGCCAAGAAGAAAGCUGAUGCGAAGAGCAAGAAAAUAGGGUUCAAAGACAAGUAUGAUAUCUUCCAACGACUUUGAAAGUCGUGUGCUCAAUGGAUUUAAUAAUUUGUAAAUUUGGAAACUGAGACUAAGAGUUUUACCCUGCUUGCAAUAAUCACUUCAACCUUCAUGCAUUGGUGAUCUGCAAGAAGAGGUAUCAUUUUGACCAUUGUGAUAACAGAACUCCCCCAGGUGAUGACCAGUCCAGUGGUAUGGUCAGAGUUGGGAGGUGUCCAUGGCUGUUCCUACCCAAUCCACUGACCAGCUCUCCAUGCAUGUUGGCCAACAGCCUAUGACCCCCUUGUGGACAGGAAUUGUUCAUGAAUCAGAUUUUAGUAAAAUGACUUUGAAUUUGGAAUAUAUACACAAAAAAAAAGAACAGUUGUGUUUUGAAGAAAUAUUGGAGCAAAAUGUGCUAGGCCACUGGUCUGAUCUUUUUUACUUGCAUCAUAAAUUUGGAACUAUUCAGUGUUCAUAAUUGGGAGUAACUUUGGGAAUGUUGGAUGAAUUUGAGAUAAUACUUGUCUAUACUUUAAGAGAUAUAUAGAUAAGCACUCACAUACAUGUACACUCAUAUAUAUGUAUAUCUAUAUCUAUAUCUAACUAGAACUACGACAGCACUGUAACAAAUAGAAGACUGGCCCAGAUGUGUUUCUCUGAUUGCUUUUAUAUGCAUAUAUCCAGUUGUUGAUACUUUAAUUGUGAUUGGACGAUAUGUGAAUUAAUGAAUGAACUUAGUGAGCACAAAGUGAUUACCUACUCAGAAAUGCCUUAACAGAUGAAACUUUGCUGCACAUAGGGGUCCAAUAUUGUACACUAUUGUACUUGGAUUGCUCAUGUCGGUUGAUGUAUACAACUCUGAAAUUAUAUUUUGUUAUAAAUAAAAAAAGGCAGUUACUCUUUACAAA